GUAAGGGAGCUCGUGUACAUUUUGUUAGCUGCUCUGGCGAUGGCGGGUCACCAAGAAUCAGUGGAUCAAAAUCCAGUGGAUUGAAUGCGAUUUCGUUCGUGGGGUGCAAACUAAACGGGUUUUAUGGACGUGGGCACUUGAAAGAAGUCCCUCCAUCUUGGUCACCCAGAGAAAAUCCUGAUGGGGUUGUAAUAAAUCCAUUGCAUUCUCCAUCACCUAUUUCGAAACCAAGUGGCCUCCUCUUUGUCUCCAACUUGGAGAGUCAUCCGUCAUCUGAAUUUUAUUCCUUCAUAAUUGUUUGGUGCUUGCUUCUGGAAAUGGCUGGCGCUUUUGGUGUCGAGAUGGCCUGCUGCGGGUUCGUUGUCUUCGGAGAUCUCUGCUCCCGCCGGGCAGCUUUUUCUAUUGGCAAGAUCGAUCGUUGCGUGGCUCCCAUGCGUGCUGGCGAUUGUUUUUUUCUCCGUACGUCCCGUUCUAACAGAAGAUCUAUAGAUAUAGCCGCCAAAUUUUCAGAAGCUUCAUCUACAGCAGCUUUGGAGGGGGGAGGUUCUGGGGACAUUGGAACAGUUCCUACACCGAAGGUUAUAAUAGAUCAGGAUUCUGAUCCUAAUGCAACCAUAGUGGAGAUAACUUUUGGCGAUCGAUUGGGGGCUCUCCUUGAUACAAUGCAUGCACUUAAGAAUCUAGGACUUAAUGUUGUUAAGGCAAAUGUUUUCCUGGAUUCUUCUGGCAAACACAACAUGUUUGCAAUUACUAAGGCGGAUACCGGAAGAAAAGUUGAAGACCCUGAAUUGCUUGAAGCAAUACGAUUGACUAUUAUCAACAAUUUGCUAGAAUAUCAUCCGGAAUCCAGUGCCCAAUUGGCAAUGGGAGCAGCUUUUGGAGUGGUGCCACCACAGGAAAAGGUUGACCUUGAUAUUGCUACUCACAUACAUGUUCAGGAAGAUGGCCCCAAUAGAAGUUUGCUUUUUGUUGAAACUGCAGACCGACCUGGGCUGUUGGUAGAAAUUGUUAAGAUUAUCACGGAUGUUAAUGUUGCAUUUGAGUCAGGCGAGUUUGAUACAGAGGGACUUCAUGCGAAAGCAAAAUUUCAUGUCAGCUAUCAGGGUAAAGCCAUCUCCAAGCCCCUGCAACUGGUGUUGGCUAAUAGUUUAAGGUACUUCUUGAGGCGGCCAUCAACAGAGGAAGCAAGCUUUUAGUCAUCUUCCCGGCACCAAUUGCAGUUGCAGUUCUUGUUAACAAGUUCAGGACAGCCAAACUCAUACACCUCAGAUUUUUUUUUUCUUUUUCAAAUGUGGUACUGAAUUUUCCUGUCCCUGAAAUGUUUUUAGCUUAUGGGCGUUGGACUUCAGAAAAAGCCGUAAUGCAGCAUGUACUAGUUAUGAAGAGGAAAUACCAAAUGCAUAUAGCCUUUGCAA